CAGUCAGAAAUGUUCCAAAGCGUCACAAACAAGAAAUGCUGACUUCAUUGUUGGACUCACCAGGUGUGAUAACUGAGAAAGGUUUUACGACUCGGCAGUAAGUGGGAUUGUGUUGUUGACGUUUUACAAGUUAAGACUGGACUUUGGUUUUAGUUUUAUUAUCUGUGAAAGAAAUAGAAGCAACGACAAAGAAGACGCAUUUGUUCCUCUGAACAGUAUACUGCUGAUUUUUAACAGGAAAAAUAAAACCCUACAGGAUCAGGACUUGUGGAUUUUUCUACUCUGUCUCUCUGUCUCUGAAUGGGGGAGCGUCUCCCAAGGGUGCCAGGUGGAGUGCAACUCCACAGUGACACUCUGAGGCGACCCCUGCGGACGCUCAGGGUCAAGAUGGUGCUUCUGGGAAGUUCUGGUGUGGGAAAGUCGAGUUUGGCUCUGCGAUUUGGGAGGGAUGAGUUUAGGAGUCCAUCGUCGACUGUGGGAUGUGCCUACCUGACCCGUGUGGUGAAUCUGAGUGAUGUCACUCUUCGCUUUGAGAUAUGGGACACGGCCGGACAAGAAAAGUACCACAGCGUCACGCCACUUUACUACAGAGGAGCUCAUGCUGCAAUCCUGGUCUAUGAUAUCACAAAAAGGGAAACAUUUAUCAGAGCUCAAAUGUGGAUGAAAGAGCUUGAGAAACACUAUAUCCCAGGAACUAUUGUCAUGUGGCUGGUGGGCAACAAGGGGGAUCUGGCUGAGGAGAGGCAAGUCUCAGUGCAGGAAGGACAGAGUCUAGCCAGUGACAGGGGUUUAUCCUUCACAGAGACAUCAGCCAUGUCAGGGGACCAAGUCAGCGAGCUUCUGCUAGCUAUAGCCCACAGAGUGCAUGAGAGUAUCGGAGCAGAGCAGGAUGGUCUGUUAGAGUGGAGGGAGACACAACUCGAGGAUCUGCAUCACAGAAACACCUUCAUUCCUUCUUCAUGCUGCAGAGUUACGCCCUAACUGUCUGUGCUAUUGUUGUUUGAAUAAAUCCCCAGACAGAUCACACUGGAUCCAGCUCAGAAUGGAUAUCUGGAUCCAGCUCAGUAUGGACAUCAGGAUCUGGACCAUGGCCAUCGCUUUAGCAAGUCAAAAGGAAAGUUUGAUCUAGACCCCCAGGCCUCUUUUUCCUGAGGCCCCCAAAAUCCCCUGGAAAGCCCCAGGAGAUCCCCCAUGCAGAGGUCACCUGAUUUCCCAGCAGCCCUUUUGCAACCAACAAUUGUAAAUAUCUCAAUGUCCCUGUGCAUCAAUAACACCAGGAUUGAAUGAUUCCAGCCUUGAUAUUAAAUCUGCAUGUAUUUAGCUUGCUCACACUGCCAUACAAAGUGACUUAACAUCCCUGCAAUCAGACUCUUUCUUAUUGCAAAAUAUUCUCUCAUGUUUUCACAAUAGUGGGUCUCCAAGGGAUGCAGACUCCAAGUUAGAGUUGUUCCGAUUCCGAUAGUGCCGAAAAUGUGGGCAUCGGUAUCG